AUGGCGGAUACAUCUACGUGCCCACCGCUGGAGCGCCAGUCUGUACAAGCGGCACAUAAGCGUAUCAAGGAGCAUAUCAGGCGCACACCGGUGGUGACUUGUGCUACCCUCAACACUCUUGCUUCUACGUCGCAGUCGCAGCGAUGUCCAAGCAGUGGGCCGAACACUGCUUCUGAGCCUUGUCCACACCACGGUGAGGUAUCUGGUCCCCCGGUAAAGUUUACUGCGCGCCCAAAUGUCAAGCUGUUUUUCAAGUGCGAGAAUCAGCAGCGGAUAGGGGCGUUCAAGGCACGAGGUGCGUUUCAUGCACUAGGACGCCUAAUCGAGGUAGACGGUAUAGAGAGCGUGAGAAAACAGGGCGUUGUCACACACAGCAGCGGCAACCACGCGCAAGCAUUAGCCCUUGCAGCGAGGACGUAUGAUGUACCGGCACACAUUGUCAUGCCAAGUAUCAGCACCCCGUCCAAGAUAUCCGGCACCCAAAGUCUCGGUGCCAAUGUUGUAUUCAGCGGUAGCACGAGCGAAGAGCGUGAAGCCGUGACCUCAGACAUCAUGAAGAAAACAGGUGCUACGCUUGUUCCGCCAUAUGAUCACCCGGACAUUAUUCUGGGCGCCGGGACGCAAGCUCUUGAAUUCGAGGAGCAGGUUGAGGAGCUAAUUAGUCACGACCACGACCUUGGUGUGGCCGGGCGGAAACGCUUGGACGCCGUCAUUGCACCAAUUGGCGGAGGUGGUAUGCUGAGUGGAAUAUGCACUGCACUGCAUGGGACAGGCAUCAAGGUCUUCGGCGCUGAGCCACAGUUCGAAGGAGCCAACGACGCUGAGCUAGGCCUGAAGCACGGCAAGCGCAUAGAAACUGUCAAAACGAUGACCAUUGCAGACGGAUUACGGACGCCAGUUGGUGAGAUCCCGUGGAGCAUCAUCUCCGACAAGGGAAAAUGCGCAGGAAUCUUCAGCGUCACCGAGGAGCAAAUCAAAGCCGCGAUGAAGCUAGCGAUGGAAAGAGCGAAGCUGUUCAUUGAGCCUUCUGCCGCGGUCGGACUGGCUACCAUUCUGUACAAUGAAGAAUUCCGGACUCUGGUGCAGAGAGAGGCAGGCGACGCAGGCUGGAACUUGGGCAUCGUGCUUUCCGGUGGAAACACGACGGUGGAAGCCAUCACCAAGCUGUUCGCCGUGUCAGAGAAGGUAGCGGAGAGGGCUGGAGGUAAGGUCACUGCCAAUGGAGAGAAGGUAGCCGUCAACGUGCCUGGCUGA